GCACACACCACAUACCUCUCGCAAGCCUACAGACAGCUGGUAAACCUUUAGGCAGCAGGUUCAUAUCUGUACUCGGAUGAAUUCCUCCUCAAAUACGCCCAAUGACGAUGUGGAGUUUCUGUACGAACAGAAAGGCCCUUUCCUCUGCCAAGUAUGUGGCCUAGAGCUUGUCGCUCUCCCCGAGCAGCAGAGAGCAGAUCAUCACAACGAACAUUUCUCUGGCAAAGCUCAGGGUUCCUCGUCUGCUACCCCGAAGCCCAAAAGCCCAUCUUUGAAACCGGGGCAACCUUUGAAACGGAAAUGGAAAGCAUCAGACGACGCGUUCUGGCACCCUGCCCAAGAUGAUCCGCCUCCGCUGAACUUCACUCCCGGUCUCAUUCCAUUGUUAAAGAAGGCACUAGUCAAGGCUCAUGCCAAAGGAGCUGUCGAGAGAGCGUACCUAUGCUCAGACGUUGCCGUCCACGUACAGACGGAGUCCUUCGACAGGGGCUGGGGAUGUGGAUAUCGAAAUUUUUUGAUGUCUUGUGCGGCACUUAUGGGCCAACAACUACAACCAAUGUAUUUUCCCCUACUAGAUGCGCCUAUAUCCCCCGGCGUCCGUAAUCUGCAACAGUGGAUCGAAGAUGCUUGGUCACGAGGUUUCGACGAAGAAGGUAGAGAUCAACUUAAGCAAAAGCUUACCAGCACGCGCAAGUGGAUUGGAACAGGAGAGCUAUACGUGGCAUUCUCGUCUCGUGGCAUUCCAGUUAACCUGGUAGAUUUCCAACUUCACGAACGAGGUAUCGAGGCCCUCAUCCGAUGGAUCGUGGACUAUUUCACGCAAGACGUGCCUAGGUCGACAAAUAUCAACGAUGCCUUGAAGGCGGCAUCUCCUGUCGUUAUUACGGAUAAGAUGCCCAUCGUUCUGCAGCACUCGGGCCAUUCUCGGACAGUAGUCGGCUACGAGAAACUCGGCAAUAAGAUCCAACUUCUGAUUUUCGACCCGGGCAGGUAUAUCUCGCCAGAUAUUCGUCGAGCUGCUCUCGCAAAGCGCGGUGGUUCAAAUGCAGCAACGAACCCACCACAGAAAGCGCAUUUUUCUCCGAAGAAGCUCUUCAAGCGUGUGCUGCACCCUCAUACCAACAAUGGUGGAAACUUUGCGGGAGACAGACAACAGGCAAAACGUAUUCGGGCAGGAGAUGUUGACGAUAUUAUCGUCGUCAACUCUGAUUCCGAAGGGGAGGGUCCUAGUCAAAGCACCAGCUCGAGGGUUGAAGAAGUCGACCUUGCGAAAGUACUCAAGACUUUCCGCUUGAGCGCAUCUAGCCUUGCUAAGAAGGACAAGUACCAGAUUCUCUACUUCCCUAUGACAGCGCCUCUCAGCGACAGCGAACGACUUCAACGUAGGGUGGUCACUAGUAAGAAAAUAGGCUACUAGAGAUCUCCCACAUAGACUAUCGUACAUUCUUGGGCAAACGGGGCUGUUGAGGAUUCUUCGGACCAUGGAUGUUUCUCAUAUCGUGUAGACUUUACUGUAUAGCACCCUAAUACUCCAAUACGCUAAUCAAUACAUUUGGCAGCCUGAGCCAAGGUAGUGGUAUACGCCUGGGAGCAAGACGCUUGCGUCUAUAAAGAAGCACCCAGACUCUCAAGUUGAGGCCAUAACAACAUCUGUAUCGGCAGACAUGGCCGGAGGAACAGCAUCAUCUGCCGUGCCAUGCAAUCCUUGCAACGGAGCCAAGUCAAGACUGGCGACGGCGAAUCGCAGAGCCCGUUCCCAAGCCUCUUCCACAUGAUAUCCUCCUGUUCUGAACACUUUGUCUUUGUCUCUCCGCACGUCCUCGCUCAACGGGUCGAAGUAGUGGUCUCGUACCACGUACUCGUCAUCGUAGGCAUACCAGCUAUCCUGAAUUGGUAUGUGCGGCUCGUCGGGUACAGCCGCGCCCUGGUUGGCGCGAUUGCGGAAUGCUUUCGACGUGCUUUGGAGCACGCUCGAGGCAAUACGAGCGGAUGCUCGUUUCUGAGCUUCGGCACGAGAGCGGGCGACGAGCUUUGCGGCGUCCUUGUCACUCGUCUCGAGCCUGUCUAUGAGCUCUUCCCUCCCCUUCUCUCGCUCUUCGCGUUCCUCCUCUUCAAGUCUGCGCAGCUCUGCCGCACGCUGUUCUCGGUCAAGCCGCUCGGCGUCUUCCUGCUCCUUCAGAUAUUGGGCGUAUUGCUCCUCUCGCUGAAUGUUGAGCUCUAUGAGAGCGGCGUUUUCUUGUUUGUAUUUCGCAAUGCGGGUCUCCGUCUUCACAACAUCGAUGUCAUUUAUGAGAUUAAAGGUGAUAUCCUCAACUUCUUCCAGGUAGUCAUUGUAUUUCCGCAAGUCGGGGAAAUCCUCCGGACGCUUAUUAAACUCUCUUGCUAUGCGUCGUCGGACGGCUACUUCCUUCUCAACCGUGAGAUCUUCGAAUGUCUGUGGCGUAAAUGCGAGCUUCCGCAACGUCUUGUUGCAGAUAGGGCAUGGUGCAGGACCCAAAGUAAACAGUCGAUCGAUGCAAGAUUCACACCUAGAGAGUAAAACGAUUGAAGGAUGCGUAUGACAAGUUCACUUCGAUACAUACAUUUUAUGAUAGCAGGCACUCACUAGCAGACGUAGCUUCGGGUUCAAAUAACGAUCAGACUUGCAUACAGGACACUGAUCGUCCAUGGAGAAGUACUCCGACGUCCUUCCUGACGGGUCCUUCACGCCUCCGCCGAAGAUUGUGGUAGAAGUACUCUGGACCUGGGGAGUAGCUGUGCGUGUACUCGAUAACGAGACAUUUCCGCCCUUGCGAAUGGUAGUUCCGCGCAGCCAGUUGCUAGCGUUUGGUCUAUUGGACAUCUUUGCUUUGCGGACAGGUGGCGGUCAAAGCCCUGGAGAGUGGGCUAGCGUCUCCGUGCAAGCGCGUUC